AUGAGUUGUUUUAGUCCAACCAUUCAAAACAACACAUUCACCGACCGAAUAGAAAAUAAGACUAAAAAUGCGACGAUGUGUUACAACAAUGUUCUUAAGAGGUGUAAGUAUACUUCUUCACAAAUCAUUACAACCCCAAAAGAAGCAACUCAAAACAAUUAUAGAGACAAUGAAGCUUUCGACUUAAUCAUUCAUGUCGACGAGGUGUUGGGCACUGCAACAUCUUUAGAAGGACCGCAAUUCUCGUUUGAUGGUAUUACACUGAGUAGAUAUAAAAUAGUCCAAUUGCUCGGUAAAGGGAAUUUUGGGCAAGUUGUGAAGUGUGUUGAUUUAAACACAAACCAAUAUGUUGCCGUUAAAGUAUUAAAAAGCAUACCAUCGUACUUUAAACAGUCUCUUAUUGAGACUACCGUCUUACAAAUUGUGAAUGAAUAUCUUGAAUCAUCUGAAAGGUCCAACAUUCUUCAAAUGAUCGAUUACUUUAUGUUUUAUAAUCAUAUCUGUAUAGUGACUGAAUUUCUUGGUAUCGACUUAUGUGAGUUAUUAUAUCGAAACAGUAACCAUGGCUUCAAAAUUCAGAUCAUCCGGAAAUUCUUAAAACAAAUCAUUAAUUCGUUAGAAAUACUCUCUCGUGGUAACAUCAUUCAUUGUGACAUCAAACCUGAAAACGUGUUAAUAGUGAACCAUUCUUCUACAGUCAAGCUCAUUGAUUUUGGAAGUGCAUGUUUUGAGAAUCACACGUUUUAUCAAUACAUUCAAUCGCGGUAUUAUAGAUCACCCGAGGUGGCAUUAGGUAUACCAUAUUCAUGUGCAAUAGAUAUGUGGAGUCUUGGAUGUUUAACGGCCGUGUUUUACUUUGGCGUUCCACUUUUUUCAACAAAGAGCGAAUAUAGCUUGUUACGUAGAAUGGUUUCCACAUUAGGUCCAAUACCAGACACUAUGUUAGAAAAAGGUACUAAAACUUUAAAGUAUUUUAUUAAAGAAAAUAAUACAUUUCGUUUCAAAACUAUUCAAGAAUAUGAGAAAGAUAAUAACACUACUCUUCCCCAAGAUCAAGAAUAUUUUAAAUACGAAAAAUUGGAAGAUUUAGUUUUGAAGAAUAAAACGAGUGGCGAACAAUUUUUCGGUGCAGAAACACAAAACGCUUUACUUGACUUUUUAAAAAGAUGUUUGACAUUUGACCCAAAAGAAAGAAUGACACCAGACCAAGCUAUUACACAUCCUUUUAUAGUGGGAUGUGAUAUGACUAAUUAUACGAUUCCAAAACGGAAAUUGCCGUUUUGUGAAAACACAAAAUUCGUGCAAACAGUCCCAGACGAAAUCUCAGAACCAUUUUGUGAGUUGUCAAAUACUCAUUUUAACUAUCAAAAGUACUUUUUAUAUUUUCAAGGCGCUUUAAAAAAGGGUUUUGUAAUUAACAUCUUGUCAAAAUUCAACAAAAUAGAGGGAAUCACCCCGCCACUCCUCGACGGGGUGAUUGGCGACUGGACUUUCAAAAAAAUAGAAAAACUUAAAGAAAAACAAAAUUCUGUGCCAAGACACUUUGACGCAAAGACAUGCCAACUGGUAAAUUCAAGAUUUCGAAUCAAAAUUGAAAGUACGGAAAAAGUCAAGUCGUUGCCAAGUUCGUUGAUAUCUUCGCCACGAAAUCGCUCAGACGAAGUGAGUCGAAAAGUCAAGUUGUCAAUCAUGGAGGAAAAAGUGGAACGAGAACGAGCAAAGAUUUUAAUGAAAGAAAAAAAACUUGACAAAAAGAAAAAAUCUGAAACAGAGAAGGCGGAACGAGAAGUAAAACACUUGAUUAAUCCAAGAAGUUGGUUCAAACGAGCAAAUAGCGAAAUACAAAUGUCAACUAUUCACAGAGAAGAUUCCCCAAAAAACAUUUCUAAAUCUCCUACAAAGUCAGAACAACCAACCGAAAAGAAAAAACACUUUUUUUUCAAUUUUUCAAAGAACGAAAAAAAAGAUUAG